AUGAGUCUAGGUCCACUUCUUACUGAAGUGAUAUUUGCCUUCUGCUUGGCAGCUACACUAUUGUACAGAUAUGGAAAUGUUUACCGGCACCACAUCAUUGUUACGCUUGCUGUUCUUAUUGCGUGGUACUUUUCUCUACUAAUUAUAUUCGUACUACCUUUGGAUGUCUCAUCGACUGUCUACAGACAAUGCAAGAAACAAUAUACACACAACUUGUCAACGACUAAUUUGAAUGAUAAUGUCACAGUUGGGCCACCCCUAUCAUGUCAAGAGCCUUGGUCAAGUGUACCCGAAAAUGUUUUCCCAAACCUCUGGAGGAUUGUUUAUUGGACGUCACAAUGUUUAACAUGGCUUAUUCUUCCGUUGAUGCAAUCUUACAUCAAGGCUGGAGAUUUCACUGUGCAAGGGAAAUUGAAAUCAGCAUUGAUUGAUAAUGCUAUCUACUACGGAAGUUAUUUGUUCAUUUGUGGGAUCCUGUUGAUAUACAUUGCUUUGAAACCUGGUUUGGAUCUUGAUGGUCAAAAAUUAAAAGCCAUAGCGUCAUCAGCUUCAAAUACCUGGGGAUUGUUUCUACUUGUUAUGUUGUUGGGUUACGCUCUUGUAGAGGUACCCCGUGGAUUGUGGAAUGCCAGUAAACCUGGGUACACAUUGCAUUACAGUUAUUUCAAAGCAGCUAAGCUCAGUUUAGAUAAAUGUGAAGCUGAGGAAACAGUGGAUGAUGUUUUAGAGUCGCUGCAAGCAGCUUCAAUUGCUAUUGGAGUAGGCCACCCAUUUCACUGUAAUUUAGAAACUAUAUUUCAAAAAGUUCCUGCUGAAUUAAAAGACAGAAUGAACCGGAGACAGUUACCAGAUGAUACUCCUAUAGAUUCACCUUCAGAAAAAUCCCUCAUACGGCUUCAUAAAAAUACUAUAAAAUCGUUACAAACCUUACAACGAACAGAAACUCAAUGGGGAAUGUUAGUUGAAAAGAUCUUCCAUUUGGAGGAUGUAGCGAAAAAUCAAGUCAGCCACGAUAGACGAUUUAAACAUACUUUUCCUGUCAUCCGCAUAUUCCCCUUACGAGUUAUAUACAAUCCAACAGUGGAAUGGUACUGGAAUUGUGUGAUCAAGAGUUAUGCUCAGAAGACAGCUGCGGUUACAGCUGCGGCUCUCUCUGUAGCCGUAGUUUGGUCUGAAGUAACAUUCUUCAAUAAAUCACCAGUGUUAUCGUUAUUUGCACAAUUUGUAAAAUUGGCCACAGUCAAAUAUGAUUAUUUCACCAUUGAGAUUUUGUCAACAUUGAUUAUCGCAUAUCUUUGUUACUGUGCCUAUUCGACGGUUCUAAAAAUUCGUGUAUUAAAUUUGUACUAUCUGGCUCCCCAUCAUCAAACGAAUGAGUACAGUUUGAUAUUCAGUGGAAUGAUGCUCUGUCGACUUACACCACCAAUGUGUCUCAAUUUUUUGGGCCUUAUCCAUAUGGACUCUCAUAUUAUUAAAACUCAUAUUCUGGAAACUCACUACACGCAGGUAAUGGGUCAUAUGGAUGUAGCUUUCAUCUCUGAUGGCUUCAACAUAUACUUUCCAAUGGCAAUACUAGCGUUUUGUUUGGCAACUCACUUUAGUCUUGGAAGUAGAUUACUUUCAAUGCUUGGUUUUCAACAAUUUCUCGGCGAUGAUGAGUUAACUACUGAUCUCGUUGAAGAAGGUCGGGAACUUAUCAAGCGAGAGAGACGUAAGCGUCAGCGGGCCGAGGAUUCAAUGAGUCGGAGACGUGAGUUUCAAGAAAGAUUCAAUAAUUUAGGUACUGCAUCUCGUUAUAGAACAGCCAGACAAAGUACAGAUACUGUACGACCUUUGAGACGAGACGAGUCUACGGAGUCUGCCAGAGCCGGUCUGCUGCGUGAUGUCGAGUCCACAGAUUAUUAUGUCGGCACCACAUUUGAAAGUGAUCGCUACGCAUCAAAUAAUCAUUAUGACCAGGGAUACCAAGCAGAAAUUUACCAUGAUAUAAGCUCAGAUAAUUUAACAACUUACACAGCAAAUAGCAAUCGCGUUGGACCUCCUCCUAGAGGGCUAUUUGAUGAUAUUUAGACUUGAUACAAAUCGUCGAAAUCUAUUUCAUUAGCUGUACCAUAAUGUGGCUUUAAAUCCACGAUUCAGGGAAGUCAUGAAAUUAUGCCAAGUUUUGUCCAUAAUAUUAGAUGGAUUUCUAGGCUUUUUGGCACAUCAUUACUCAACUUUCAAAUGCCAUUCUACUCUGACUGAUUAAGUGUAGAAACUAAACAAAAAAUCAUUCCAAUAAUGAUACUGAUAGAACUCCAGUCAUAUUUAUAUCGAACAUACACCUGUACACAUGCUAAUUAUUCUUGUUAACGGGGAACAGCCAAUGUGUUAUCGCUGAAGCAUGGCAUAAAUAGUGACGGAUGAUACAAAAAAUAAGGACACAAAUUGUUAUUGCAUCAAAAAUCUUGGCUCAGCAGUAUAUUAUACCAUUUUCAACUUCGUUUCACUGGAAUAUGCUGAAAGUUUGUAGGUUUUCCAGAAUCAACUCCAUCGGUACUAUAAGUCCUUUUUUCAAGGACCAAAGGACUAAAUAUGAUUGAGAAUCAUUGGUUUUUGCAAAUUUAUAUGCAAAUUAUUAUUAUUCCUUGUACAAAUUUCCUUGGAAUUUCGUCACAUACUAACGUAAAUGAACUUACUUCUAUGAAAUAUCUAACUUGCUCACCAAAAAUUUGCUAGCCAAGAACGUCAUUCAUUUCAACUCCCCAAGGUUCUGUGAAAAACUAUACUUUGCAUAUACAGUUGAAAACAUAUAGAAGAAAUUGUAGUCAAUAUCAGCAAUACUUUCUAGAUUUUUAGAAAACUAAUACCAUUUUCAGGUAAAGAUGAAUGAUAAGCAUAUUUUGCCUACUAGAAUGUAUUUUGAGUUGCUGGUUGAAGUAAUUCUGGGUAUGAUUUGUACUGUAGUCAUCCACGUGGCCACAGCAAGUUUAUUUAUCAGCCUACGUUCUAGCUUGAGUUUAGAAAAAAUUAUUUAUCGAGUUGGUGAAUUAUGUUCCCAUCGUCAGAGCGAGUCUUUGUUGAGCUUUGCUUUACAUUGGCAAAGAUUCCAAGCAGCUCACAAGUUGAUGGUGAGGUCAUCUUCAUAUUUGUCUUACCCAAUACCCGUAAUUCAGAUUUAUUUAAACUGUAAAAUUGUAAAUUGUAAGUAUAGAAUAUGUUUCACUUUUACCGAAUUUUAUCGUUUGACCACUACAUUUUACACUAUAUGAGAUAACAGUCAUCAUAGUAUAUCGUACAAUACAUUAAUCAGUAUUUGCAUCCAUAUACGUUGAGUGUGAUAAUUAUACUUGUAGUACCAAUUAUUCAAAUUGCUGAAGUUCAAAUUAAUUUUAAAGAUAGUGUAUUGUACCAUUGUGUUGAUAGAAAACAUGUACUAUAAUUAAUUUAUCCUGUUGAAUAUACCGUGUAAUACUGAAUUCAUAGAGUGCUUUAUGUGAAAUAGAAACAUAGAAUUUGAAGGUCCGAAUUUUUGGAAUUUCUUUUUCCAAAGAAUACCUAUAAAAGAGGUCCGUGUUCUUUUGUUUUUGAUGUACAUCAAAAUUUUGCACUUGCUACCCAUUCGAUCUGAUGUAAAAAUCAUGUUUAUUUCAACCAUUAGGAUUCAAUUUUAAGAACUAACAAUAAGUUCAAGAGGCUUAGGCAAGCAUGUAUAUAUAUAUUUCAACUGUAUACUAUACAAUUAAUAAUAAGAAUAAUAAUAAUAUUAAUAAGGCCAAUAACAACAAUAGUAAUCAUCAUAACAAACAAUUAAGAAAUUAUUGUGCAUAUUAUCGGUAAAACAUUGCUGAUCCCUCAUUUCCCAAAACCCUACUUUGAACACAGUCUUGACGAUCCAUUUCACUGAUGAAAAGUAAUAAUAUAAUAGUCUAAUGGCACAGUAAUAGUAUAAUCACCUACUGUUCUAUUCUAUCUUCAAACUUAGAACUAUAAUUCAUUAUUCCAUUUUCUAUCUCUUUAUUUUAAAACAUUGGAUAAAAACAGAUUUUUGAUGAGAUUUCAUAUUUCUCGAUCAUAACAAAUGAUAUAGCAUUAUUAGCGGUCGAGUUACCUUAAUUUCAGUAGUAUAAAUAUAGAAAUAAAACUCUUCCUACAAAUGAA